GAGGGAAAGGUGAAAGGUCAGAGGCGGCCGUGUGUUUGACUGCGAGAGUGUGUAUGAAUGUGUUUGUUGUGAGCGUGCUGACCUCGGCGGGAACAUGGCGCAGUGCGAGCAGCAGCAGCAGCAACAGCAGCAGCCGGCCUCGUCCCCUGAAGAUGACAAGGCUGCUGCCAUUAUCAGCCUCAACUUCAUAGUCCCUAAGAAGGAGAUCAAUAUGGUGCCUGACAUGGGCAAGUGGAAGCGUUCACAGGCCUAUGCAGAUUACAUAGGCUUCAUCCUGACGCUCAAUGAGGCUGUGAAGGGAAAGAAGCUCACCUGUGAAUACAAAGUGUCAGAGACGGUGGAGAAGCUGCUCUCCCUACUGAACACCCUGGACCGCUGGAUCGAUGAGACCCCACCCAUGGACCAGCCAUCCCGCUUUGGGAACAAGGCCUUUAGGACCUGGUACGCCAAGCUGGAGCAGGAGGCAGAGGCCCUGGUGUCCACAGUCAUCCCCUCCAGUGUAAGAGCUGCCGCCCCAGAGAUUGCCGUCUAUCUCAAGGAGUCUGUGGGGAACUCCACGAGGAUAGACUACGGAACAGGACAUGAGGCUGCCUUUGCUGCCUUCCUCUGCUGCCUCUGUAAGAUCGGAGCCUUGCGGGUGGAUGACCAGCUUGCCAUCAUAUUUAAGGUGUUUGACAGGUACCUCCAAGUGAUGCGGAAGCUGCAGAAGACCUACAGGAUGGAGCCGGCCGGCAGCCAGGGGGUCUGGGGACUCGAUGAUUUCCAGUUUCUGCCGUUCAUCUGGGGAAGCUCACAGCUUAUAGAUCACCCCACGCUGGAGCCUAGGCACUUUGUGGAGGAGAAGAUAGUAAAUGAGCACCAUCAGGACUACAUGUUUCUGGAGUGCAUCAAAUUUAUUAAUGAGAUGAAGACUGGACCAUUUGCAGAACACUCCAACCAGCUGUGGAACAUCAGUGCUGUGCCCACAUGGUCCAAAGUCAAUCAGGGACUCAUUAGGAUGUACAAAGCAGAGUGUCUGGAGAAGUUCCCCGUCAUUCAGCACUUCAAGUUUGGCAGCCUGCUCCCCAUCCAGCCGGUGAAGCCCUGAAGGGUCACAGAAGAAGAGUGUGACGGAGGCAGUCAACAUGGUGGGGAUGGGGUGGGGUGGUUCAGCUCUUAGGAAUCUCUGUACAGUAAUCCCUGUUUUUACUUUGUACCCCCAUCUUACCCACCUCCAGUGUUCUUCUGAUUUUACCACCCAAAUCAUUCACAUUGUGUGUCACUUUGAAUGUGUGCACUAGCAAAAAGUGGCAGUCAUCAACAAUGCUUUUCUGAAAAUUUUUACCUGUGUACCUAUUUAUUUAUGUAAAAAAAAAAAAAAAUAUAUAAUGUGCAUAGAGGUGUGUAGGUAAACCAUAGGUGAGCAACAACUGGUGUGAGAAGUGUGAUCUGCUGUGGGUUCCACUUGCUGAUCUAACCAAAUUUUAACUUAUUUUGUACACAACCUAUAGUGUGCAGUGGUUUGAGGGAGGGAGGGGGUCAGUGAAUGAGGUUUCAUUAGGGGUGUUUUUGUAAAGAAAGCUGAAUUGGUUUCUUUCAUUUUCAAAGAUUUGUUGACAUUAUUUAAAUUAGAUGUAAAUGGGCAAGAACGGAUGCUGUCAGCAGUUCAGAUUUGCAGUUGCUUCUUUCCAACAGAAGGCAUUGCCACAAAGUGGAGAUGAGCAUAGAAUGCUCUGAUCUUUUGAGGUAUAACUUUUAUUUGUUAAAUUCAAAUUCUUUACAUUUAAGAAAGCAACAACAAAGAACAAGUGUUCUGUUUGGUAACAUGUUCUCAAUAUGACCUUAAAUCGUUCUAGAAAUCAGUUUUAAUAGCCGCUCCUGUGUCUCACCAUAAUUGAUUAAAAAAGAAUAUUAAUUUAAAAAAUAACAACGUAGGUGCUUUUUCAGACAAGUUUUGGAAUAUUGUAUUUGGUCAUUAAAAUGGAUUCUGCUAGAUGUACUGGUCUUUUGUACUGAACAAAAGAGGGCUGCAUUUAAUUUUGGGGCGUAGAUGAUAAGCACAAAACCCCAAACGCAUCAGUACUGUGGAGCUGUAGCCGUAGUGACGGCGCUAGUGCUCUGCCAGGUAUUCCUUCGGACAGAAGACUGGGGUGAAAUAAUGCAGUACCUAUGCAGUCCCACCCGGCACCUUCCUCGUGCACCCGAAGACAAAAGGUUAGGUUUCUAGCCAGUUCACAAGAUGACUGUUUGAGCCCAGGGGACAUGUUAACCCCAGUCCAGUGCUGGGGCACCCAGGAUGGGCAAUGCCAGUUUGUGGAGAGGGCACAUCUUAGCAUAUUAUUUUAACUCCAUUUUUUUCCCCAAUUUGUGUCUUAAGGACCAGUUCCCUGUAAUGUUGUCCAUCACCUGACACUGCAUGAGGACUAGGGAGUCACUGCUGUGUGUGUGAGUGAGUGUGAGAGAGAGAGUUUGAAAGCCCAGAAGCUGCUAAACACUGAUAUUUUGUGCCAAAAGUACAGUUCCAGUCAGGGCCCAUUGACACACAUGCAAUUCCUUCCCCCGAUAAACCUCAGGCAACUCGGUUAACCAGAGGGUAUAGUAGGUGCAUCCCUGUAGAACAAUUUUAAAGUGCUUUGAAUUUGUAUGCUGUUCUAGUGCUAUAGUACAGUUAACUUCUUGGUGAUGUGACACGGCAUGAUGUGCUUUUUUUUUUUUUAUUUUUAUUUUAUUUUAUUUAAAAACUUGCUCUGUACUUCCUAAGAAAUGAUCUGCCUGUGUCACCCAGUAGAUGACUAUUGGUUAAAGACUUCGGUAUUGAGUAUCUUAUAGAGCCUUUGAGCUAAGGCUAGUCCUGUGCUGUAAUGCAAUGCUGAGUUCUUGAAGCCAAGGCAUUGGAUUUAAACCCCAUAAAUACUCGCAUUGUGUACUACGUGGAUCCUU